UUAAGGUAAAUAUACUCUCCACUUAUGUCCUCAUUAGAGAAUGUUUUUUAUAUCCAAGCUGGACUUGGAGUCCUAGCCAAUAUGUUUCUCCUUUUUUUCUAUACUUUCAUAAUCCUAGGAAACAGACCUAAGCCCAUGGACCUGAUCUCCUGUCAACUGACCUUCAUUCACAUAAUGAUGAUCCUCACUGAAGGGGAUAACUUGCUUGCAAACAUACUGGAGUCACUAAAAUCUGGGAAUGACAUCAAAUGUAAGACAACUUUUUACAUAAACAGGGUGAUGAGAAGCCUCUCUAUCUGCAUCACCUGCCUGCUGAGUGUGGUCCAGGCUGUCACUAUCAGUCCCAGUACCUCCUUCUUGGCAAAAUUUAAACAUAAAGUAAAAACACACAUCAACUAUGUUUUUUUCUGCCUUUGGACUUUGAAUUUGUCAUUCAGUAGUAGGUUGAUCUUCUUUGUUGCUGGUUUUAUGAAUGUGAGUGAGACCCACCAGAUGAAGGUCACUAAAUCCUGCUCAUUCUUCUCCAUGAACUACAUCUUCAGGGGGUUAACUUUCCUAGUAACAAUGUCCAGGGAUAUAUUUCUCGUAGGAGUCAUGCUGACCACAAGCACAUACAUGGUGAUUAUCUUGUGCAGACAUCAGAGGCAAUGCAAGCAUCUUCAUAGCAUCAGGCACCUGAGAGCAUCCCCUGAGAAAAGGGCCACUCAGACCAUCUUGCUGCUGGUAGUUUUCUUUGUGGUCAUAUACUGGGUAGACUUCAUCAUCUCAUUCACCUCAGUCCUGUUAUGGAUUUAUGACCCAGUCUUCCUGACUGUUCAGAAGUUUGUGAUGUUUGUUUAUCCCACAGUUACUCCUUUGGUACAAAUCAGUUCUGAUAAGAGAAUAAUCAGUAUACUGAAAAAAUUGCACUCAAAUUGCCACUAGAUUUUCUAA